CUACAUAAACUCUAGAGCAUUUCCGAAGGAAUUUUCGGAUUGCAAACAAGAAGAAAACACAUGGGUCAGGGUUGAAGCUGUAGAUUUCGGCUGUGGUGUCGGAUUACAUCGCAGAAGCUUCUAGUUGCCACAUCAUCGAUUCUGGAGAACUGGUGGAAUGAAUUAAAAGUUUAGGAGUUAUAGCAUUCUAAGAUGGAAAGUUUUAAACUGGUUGUGUUUAUGAACACUCUUAUCUUGAGUUUUGUUUCCUAUUCGGUGGCUUUGACAGAUAACGAGCUAAAGCUGAUAACAAUAGCCACUGAUGUCACUGAUGGAUUUAGAAGAUAUCUGAGGUCAACAAAUAAGUAUGGUUUGGAUGUGGAGGUGUAUGGGAUGGGACAAGACUGGAGGGGUGGGGAUGUGGCCAACCAUGCUGGCGGAGGUCACAAAGUCAACAUCCUAAAAAAAGAACUUGAGAAAUACAAGGACCAAGAAAAUCUCAUUCUCAUGUUUACAGACAGCUAUGACGUUGUUCUAACAGCUGGCAAGGCAGAAAUUUUGGAAAAGUUCAACAAAUUUAACUCCAGGGUUGUGUUUUCUGCGGAAGGAUUUUGUUGGCCAGAUCCCUCAUUAGCUGAAUCAUAUCCACAAGUAAAGCCAAAUGAAAAUCGGUACCUUAACUCAGGAGGAUACAUUGGUUAUGCAAAGGACCUGUAUGAGAUGAUAACCCACCGUGAAAUAAAGGAUACAGAUGAUGAUCAAUUGUAUUUCACCAACAUCUUCCUGGACAAGACACUGCGGAAAAAAUGGAGUAUGAAGCUUGAUGUAAAAUCUGAGAUUUUCCAGAACAUGAAUGGAGCUUUAGAUGAUGUCACAAUCAAAUUCAAAAGUGAACAUAGCUUUGCUUACAAUGAAAAAACUGGGAGUACUCCAAUUGUGGUGCAUGGAAAUGGUCCUAUCAAGCCUGAAUUUAACAGAUUCUCCAAUUAUCUGGCAGAUGGCUGGACAACACAGAGUGGAUGUCUUGCCUGUAAGGAAGACACUAUCAGCAUCAGAAAUUUGAAAGAUGAAGAAUUCCCCACUGUUUUGCUGUCACUUUUCUUUGAACGUCCAAGUCCAUUUGCUGAGGAAUUCCUGGAGAGAAUAGCUAGUCAGAAGUAUCCCAAAUCAAGGGUUGACCUGUUCAUUCACAACAACGUGGAAUUCCACAACAAGGAUGUGGCGAAUUUCUUGGAGAAAUACAAUGAUCUGUAUAGGUCUGCCACCAUAUUGAUGCCAUCGGACGGAAUCAGUGAAUCGGCAGCCAGAAACUGGGCCAUUGAAGUGUGUAAGCAGAAAAGUGACCAGUACCUGUUUUCAGCAGAUGUGUAUGCUCAGAUCACAGACCCAGAUGCAUUGAUAGAUCUCAUAGAACAAAACAGGACUGUUUUGGCUCCCACACUGACACGCCCCUUCAAGCUCUGGUCCAAUUUCUGGGGAGCUGUGAACCGGGAAGGCUGGUAUGCUAGAUCAGAGGACUACAUAGACAUUGUGGAGAGGAAGAGAAUAGGACUGUGGAAUGUACCAUACAUCACAAGUGCAUACCUCAUCCAUGGAUCUCUGAUGAAGGAUAUAAGAGACAUUUUUGCUAUGGAAAACACAGAACCAGACAUGGCAUUUUGUAUAGGUCUUAGAAAAAAGGGUAUUUUCAUGUAUGCCACCAACAGAAAGACCUUGGGUCAUCUUGUGGAUUACGAUGACAUGGAUACCUCUCAUCUUCACAAUGACCUGUAUCAACUCAUGCGGAACCCCUAUGAUUGGGAGCUGAAGUAUAUACAUGAAAAUUAUUCCCAGAGUCUCGAACAAGACAGCCAACUGGAACAGCCAUGUCCAGAUGUUUUCUGGAUGCCCAUUGUGAAUGUCAAGUUUUGUGAUGAGCUUGUGGAGGAAUUGGAACAUCUUAACCAGUGGUCUGGUGGCAGACAUGAAGAUCCCCGUCUGGCUGGAGGGUAUGAGAAUGUACCGACCGUGGACACACACAUGCGACAGGCAGGUCUGGAAGAACAAUGGCUACAUUUCCUCAAAGUCUUUGUUUCUCCUCUCCAGGAGAAGGCAUUUGCUGGGUACCAUAGUGAUCCUCCUAGAUCCAUCAUGAACUUUGUGGUGCGAUAUCGACCAGAUGAGCAAGACCGACUUCGUCCACAUCAUGACUCUUCCACCUUCACCAUCAACAUUGCUCUCAACACACCGAAAGUGGAUUUUGAGGGAGGUGGAUGUCGCUUUUUGCGGUACAACUGUAGUGUGACUGCAACACGUAAAGGCUGGAUGAUAAUGCACCCAGGACGAUUAACUCACUACCACGAAGGCCUGGUCGUAACAAAAGGAGUGCGAUAUAUCAUGAUUUCAUUUGUAGAUCCUUAAUUCUAACAUUUCAAGAGUGUCAGAUUUCUGCAAAUUUCAUCUUUAUUUUUUAUAAAACUUGAAUUUGAGAGAGCUGGUAUAUGUAUGUACAUUUAAGGGGUGAAAUGUAGAGUGAAUGAUUGACAUCACUGUAUUUUAUUUAGCAUUUACAUGUACAGGAUUUCCAAAACGCAAUUUUAGAGGAAAUGUUUUGUCCAGAUUUUAUCUCUGGUGCUUGUGAUUAUGAUUAGUGAUUAAUCAAUGUGUUCAUGUCCACGUUUUGUAGCUUUUGUGUAUAAAUAAUUACAUUUUGUACUUAAUAACAGGCAAAGCAAGGUGAAUAAAGAAAAGCUUUGUUUUCCAUUUAGUGAAAUCCAUUGUAACAAUUGAAAUGUGAUUAUUGUUUUAUUGAAAUGUUUGAGAGUUAAUUGUGAUUUAUUUUGAUAUUCCGUAUUUUCAGUUUGAACCAGAGUAUGUUCAAUCCCAUGAUGCAUUAAUCAUUGAUAUGGUUGAAGUAGUAUGAAUUAUUGGUUUUUAGAAAUACCUUUGUACUUUCUAUGAUAUUUAUCAAUAUCAAGAGAAAUUCUGCCAGUUGUACGUUAUACUGUAGAAGUACUUUUUUUUUACGUGGUACAAAUUGUUUUGUUUAAGGUCUUGAAGAAUAUGUGGCCUUCUUUCUUCCAAGUUUAAGUACAUGUUCGUACAAAUCCUCAUUUUAAAUCUCGGAUUUUGCAUAAGCAUAGGUGUUGAAUAUAUGAAUAUAUUACGUAUAGAGAUCCUGUAUAUAGAUACACACACCAUAUCUAUAUGCUACUACUUAAAUUACAAGACCACACAAUUUGUAUUUAAGUAUGUAACUCAAAAUAUGAUUACACCCCUUACAAGACAUGUUUUGUUGUGUGAAACAGAAAUUACACUUGAUGAUCGCAGUUAGCCUCAAGUGCAUGAAGGCAAACCAAGAGCAGUUCGAAUACCUGUAAUAAAAACAGUCACGAGGUAUAAUGAGACAAUAGUUACUGUGAUUGAAGUUCUUCAUGCAGACAAUUCAUGCCAAAUCCUGCUCAGUGUAUGCUGUUACAGUUAAGUAGAGAUGGUUACGAUGAAAUGGAUGAAAAUGAUUAUCCGCAGAAUCACACAGAUUACAAUGGAAAUGCAAGUCAGAUUUGCAGAAUUACGAUCACAUGGACAAAAGCUUUUCUGCCAUAAUCGAGUUAAUAUACAUGGAAGUUUCUUUGAUUUGCUUUGAAUUUGCACAAGCUUAAAUGCACUCCAAUGCAACACUGCAACUUUGUAACAUAGAUUGAAGGCAAAUACUUGUACACCUGGUUUUGCAAUUGUAAGCAUGAAAUCACAUUUCCUUCUCAUUCAAUUCAAGUUUUCAAACAGCUUCAAAUUAAUUAUGUUACAUGUACAUAACAUAUAAAAUUUACAUUGUUAUCUAGUCAAUACUUAGUGUCAUAAGUUUACAUUGAAUACUGAUAUCCAUAUGCCAGCUUUAAUGGAGAAUGAAUGCCCAAAACUUACUUUUAAAACAGGUGUGUUUACAUUAUAUGUUGAUUAUUUUUUUUCAAGCUGUAGUAGAUAGAGGAUAUCAAUAGUAGACAUCAUUACUUACAAUUUGUGAAAGUAUUUUGUGUGCUUAAUAUAACUACUGGCAUUAUAAAGUAAGGUCCAUUAAUGUGAAAUCAUUGUCAAUUUUAUAUCCUUCAGUUCAGUAUGUUGCCCAAUCUAAAUAUAAUUCAAUGCUUGGAUCUAUGAGAAGCUGCACCAGAUGUAGAAUUUUAAUUAGAUUGAUAUAUUACAAUGUCUAAAGUUGGUGAUUUUUUUGGUCAUGCUUUAUACUUUUGAGAUCUUGCAAGAAUGAAUCUCAAAAUGUGAUAACUCUUUAAUGAUGUCUUUCAUGUAUUCUUUCAGCAUAUGACAAUAAAGCUGUUUAAAUUUGAAAAA